UUGAGCGACCCACGAUCAGCGAGAAAGGGUCAGAGGCACUCCGACAGGCAGCAGUCACACGUUUUUUCAAGCUCGAAAACUCAACUUUAGUCUUAACGGUGGUUUUUAACACUUAACUCACACUCGCCUGAAUUUGUCUAAAUUCAUGAUUGUGAAAGGGCCGAGUGUCGUCGCCUCGUAAGAGCGUGUUUCUACCGAAUCCUGAAAGUAUCGGGCAGCCGAAGACCCGGGCCGGCAGCAGCAGCUCUGUAGUGAGGCUAAAGCAGGCAGCUAGCAGGCUGGCUAGCUCUCUGCACACGAGCUGAGCGUUGCUCGGUGGAGGGUGGGGGGUGGUGUGCCUACACUGGCGUUUGAUGGAUCCGAGAAUCGCCUGGUUUCAGCCAGAACAACGCGGACCCGCUAACAACCUGUGGAUGCAGAUCUGGGAGACGACACAGGGGCUCAGCUACUUGCGCGUUAAUAACAGCUUCACCAGUGGAUCCCAGAGCACGGCGAGUGUGAACGGAGCGCCGUGUGCCGUCCUUACCGGCAGGAACGGGGCACUGGACUCCAGCGGCGGUGAGGCCAGGACUCAGGGAAUGUCCACCCCAAUGGGGGACGGGGGAAUAAGCACCGAACAGCGGGACUUUAUACCACUGGAAAGAAACAGCAACCACAACAACCGAGCUGGUGGUAGGGGCGGUGUCGGAGGGGGGCAGCAGGGCAGCGGGGUAGCUGUUCUGUGGAGGGGGUUGACAGAUGGACACCCCAACAAAAGGAAAAGAGACAACAAAGCUAGCACUUUCGGAUUCAAUGCCAGCCUCUUGAUCAAUGGCAGCGGCUCCAACACAGGAGGCUACAAUGAUUACACGAGUACUCCAUGGAAGACAAGGAACUACUCUGAAGGAAUAGUUGGGUUACACGAGGAGAUCAAUGACUUCUACAAUUACAUUUCCCCCCGACCGGAGGAGGAGAAGAUGAGACUGGAGGUUGUGGAUAGAAUCAAGGGAGUCAUCCACGACCUAUGGCCCAGUGCUGAGGUCCAGGUUUUUGGAAGCUUCAGCACCGGUCUCUACCUUCCCACAAGUGACAUUGACCUGGUUGUUUUCGGGAAGUGGGAGACAUUGCCACUCUGGACUCUGGAAGAGGCUCUGAGGAAAAGAAAUGUUGCAGAUGAAAACUCAAUCAAAGUCUUAGAUAAAGCCACGGUUCCCAUCAUUAAACUGACCGACUCCUUCACUGAGGUUAAGGUUGACAUCAGCUUCAACGUGAAGAGUGGUGUUAAAGCUGCUCGGCUCAUCAAGGAGUUCAAAGAGAAAUAUCCUGUGCUGCCUUAUUUGGUGUUGGUGCUGAAGCAGUUCCUUCUGCAGAGGGACCUCAAUGAGGUUUUCACUGGUGGGAUCGGAUCCUACAGUUUGUUCCUUAUGGCUGUCAGCUUCCUGCAGCUGCACUACAGGGAGGACGUGUCGAGCCCCAACAUUAACAUUGGCGUCCUGCUUAUUGAAUUCUUUGAGCUCUAUGGUCGCCACUUCAACUACCUGAAGACAGGCAUCAGGAUAAAAGACGGAGGGUGCUACGUUGCCAAAGAUGAAGUUCAGAAGAACAUGAUGGACGGUUACAGGCCCUCCAUGCUCUACAUCGAGGACCCGCUGCAGCCUGACAACGAUGUCGGCAGGAGCUCGUAUGGUGCCAUGCAGGUGAAGCAGGCAUUUGACUACGCCUAUGUGGUGCUGAGUCAUGCUGUGUCACCCAUCGCCAAGUACUACCCCAAUAAUGAGACGGAGAGCAUACUUGGCAGAAUAAUCCGUGUGACCCAGGAAGUGGACGAAUAUAGGGAGUGGAUUAGGAAAAACUGGACGAGCCCAUCGCAGAAUGAUCUGCCGCUAAACAGAAAUGAUGUCACACGUUUUGAGUCCCAGCAGCUGGACGAGUGCAACAACAAUGUUCCAGACGACGGUGACAACGUUGUAGUUCUACCAUCCAACCCCCACAGCAAAACCUCCUCCAACUCCUCUUCUCCAUCUCCCUCUCUGCGCUCCUCUCCUUCCUCUUCCCUGCUCUCACCGUCUUCCACAUCCACGACUUCCAGCUCCAGUGACGCGGACUCUGAUGGUACACCGUGUAAAACAGCUAAGCAGCAGUCAGGCCGAGGCUCCAGUUCCCACAGAGAGAAGUCAUCAGCUGUAAAUCACCGACCACAGAGUCACACUACCAGCACUGUAACUGGAAGCAACAAGGGAGGAAAGGCCAGGAUGUCUCGCUCCCACCAAAAGAGUGGCCAUCAUGGGCAGCAGAGCUCCUCAUCCAGCACCAAAAGUCCAGCGGGCAACAAACCGCACCACCAGGGCAACAGUAAAAAGAGGAAAAAUGUAAGGGAUUCCACACAAGAUGAUCUCUGCAGAUAAGGCUGACCACAUCUCCCCCGCCUGGUCUGCCACCCUUGUCUGCAACUGACUGCCUGUCGUGUCCCACCUCUGCUGCCAGACUCCAGCCUAUGGAGGUUGUUAGUAGUAUUAAAACACCUACGGUAUUCGCCGCUCCGUCAAGCUUUUCACAAGCAACUAUUCCUAGUUGGCAAAGAAAAGGUUAGAGGAAAUGGGAUUUAAUUCCUUGAACCUGAACUGAAAUUACAAGUGAUGAAAUGUUCAUUUGCUUCCUGAGGGCUUCUUCAAAGGAGCAGUUUCCUGUACCACAGCCAGCAACGACACAGCAUGCCGUGUGCGCCUCCUACUGUUCAGGAGCAGACUUGCCGUAUGUCUGUCGACCCCAGGAGCUGUAGGCUGAAAGAUAGGAUCCAAACUUCUAUUAAAAAAAAAAACGGGGAAGAAAAUAACAAAUAGCUUAGAAAAGUAUAAAAAUGUAUAAAACACAAAAAGUUUAAUAGCAGAAAAAAAAUACAAAGAUUUUUUUAAGAUGGUAACUUACAAAUGCAAUCAGUGAGAGUGCGACAUAAUUUAUGCAUGAGAUUUCUUUUGUUGGUUGAUUUUUUUUUUCCUCCUGUUCGUUUAAUCUGUUUUAUUAUGUCUGAACAGGUUAUACAAAGAUUUGUACAAAAAUGCACCAGAAAAAUAAUUUAAAAAUGGAAAAAAAACAAGAAGAGAUUGUUUGAUAUGACAUUUUUACAAGGUAUACUGAUCGAAGACAUAAACAUGCACAUCUUAUUCCAGCAGCUUCUGGCUGUCAUGGGUCUCAUUGCCAACAUGAAUCAUCAGCAUCAAACUUCUCCUCUCAGUUGCUCUCUUUGAGUGUGCUACAUUGUUAACAGUUAGCCUCGAUUGAACCGCUGCUUACGUGCAGCCCUGUAAAAGACUGACUGAGAGAUCAUCAUCUCGUCUCACCCGUGUGCAGGCUUUAAGACGACAGGUUUGAAUCAGUAACCGUUGUAUUGGAAAUCCCACAAACUAAACUGUGGGUGAUGAUCUGUUCCCUCGGUGUUUUACCGACUGAUGAAAUCCUUUCUAUUUGUUAAAUGUAUUUAUUUUUUUAUUAAUUAUAAGAGAAUAGAUUGGAUAAAUGUUUUAUUAACGUUGAUGCCUGUGUCUUUAAAUCCUAUUUUUGACAUAGGCAAAGUUAUGAAAAGGUGGGCUGGAAACAAGAAUAUUCAGGUACACUUUAAAAAAAAAAUCACCACCUUUAUUAUUUAAUUGUGUUCUUUCUGUUUGUUUUUUUGUGCCUGUGACAGUUGAGUGACCAAGUUACUUUGACAAGCUUGAGAGACCACUUUACAAAUUUAGUGAUUAUUUUUCUUUUAUUUUGUGGCUAGAUUAUUUACUGAAAAGGGAUUUGAUUUUUUUUUUAAUUUCUGAUUUCAAAGCUCAAAUCAACAAAAUUUCAUAACUGUAGGUUGACCUCACUCUGCCGUUGCACUACAGAACCCUACCUGUAGAUGGAGGCAUUGAGCUGUGUCUUCAUCUACACAGAUUAAGGGCUUGUAUACUGCAUUUACACGGUUUAUCAGUGCUUCUUUUGGGUCAUCGACUAAUAGUAUCAAGAUAUCUAAUCUGAACGGGCAGCUGUACAUGGCUUUAGGGAGUAAAAGAGAAACACCAAAGCACAGUGCAACUCCCGACUCCUUGGACCUAAACACGAUGAGUUUCAUUUUCAGUAAAAAGUAGGAACCAGCAAUAACUACCACCAAUUGUCACUACUGUUGUCCAUCUUCUCCAGUUUUUAGGACAGUAAAGCACAUUUUAAGUCAAUGCAUGAACUUACAAUACCAUGCCAGUACUGUUAAAUAACCUCCCCAAACCCCACAGUACUGCAGUUGUGGUUUUAAUGCAGUAUAUAAACUCUGGUCUUGUGGCAAAUGGAACAAGAAAAAAUGUAAACCGAGUUUGACAAAAUACCUUUGCUGUGCCAUUCGAAUGUCCACUGAUUCGGUCUUUGUCACUACAGGAAGGUUUCAAACCCAACUGUGCUCAUCUGAAAUAUUUCUGCAGCUAUUACAAUCCAUGCAAUAAAAACAAUUCACCCAA